AUGCGCAGCUUCGCCUCUAUCCUGGCCGUUGCUGGGUUGGCCCAGCGGCUCGUCUCGGCAUCCCCCAGCGUCGCCAUCUGGUCGACCUACACGUCCGUCGAUCUGAUCAAUAGCGUCACGCACACGACGACCAAGCAGAUCACAACCACGACCACGACCAAGUUCACAAAGACGACCACCACGGCGCUCUCCACCACGACCUCGACCACAACGACAAUGACGACGACCAGAAAUGGUGGCGGUGGCGGCGGUGGUCACAAACGAUUUGUCGCCCCAGCCUUUGUUGCUUUGGAGGAGGAUCCCCAGCCGCAGACCAUCGUACCGUCGGAGACACCCGAGUAUGCAGGAGUGUGCCUUUAUGUGAACCGCUACUCCCGCAACUGCAUCUCGCUCGGCGCCACUCCGUCGAUUACCACCAUCGUCCCGCCCAGUGACAGUGAGGUCCUAAGCUCGACGAAGCUGUCGACAGCAUCGGCUGAUGUCUCCGUGUACGCCAGUACGACACGCACCAAGACGACGAUCACGACACUGCCAUCGCUCCACAGCACCACAACGGCCAUCCGCACAUCGACCACGGUCAUCAGUACGUCGACGUCGACCACGUACACCAAGACCGACGUGCAGACGACCAAGGCGAUCUUGACCUCUACGAUCGGCACAACGACAACCACCACCACCAAGGCAACCGCCUCGCCCACGCCCUACCUCAUGAAAGUCGCCAGCCAGUCCUUCUCGUCGGGCUCUGCGCCAAACGUGGUCGGCGCCUACGUCGACUGGAUUACUCCCGGCGGUACUUUGGCACUCAGCAGCUUCCCGUACAGCUACGCUCUGGGCUUUGUCGACGGCGUCGCCAACGGUAACCUGUUUGUGGUCACCGCCGCUGGCGACCUGGCAGUCAUUGUCCGCAGCUAUCCGUCCACCGGCCAGGUCAACACGCAGCUGGUCCUGACCGUGGUCGACGGCGGUUAUGUUGUGCCCACCCUGUCGCCGGCGGCCGGUACCCAGAUCGUGUCGUGUACGCUGAACCACAGCGGCAGCACGGCAUCACUGGUCAACUGCAAUUACAACCUGUACACGGUUACGUGGACCUCCACGAAUGGCAAGAGCCUCACCAUCAUGGUAGCCACGCAGGACCCCAGCCCGCCGGGGCAGCUCACCUUCCAGCUGGCUGCCACCUCGUACUGA